AUGGCGAAUUGCGAUUUUCUUGGGAAAGCAAUCGAAAUUGUGAAAAAAGCCACUGAUGAAGAUGCAAAAGGAAACUAUGACCAGGCUUACAAAUAUUAUCAAAAUGCGCUCGACUAUUUUAUGAUGGCUAUGAAAUAUGAGAAAAAUGAUCGAAUGAAAGAAUCCAUUCGUAAAAAAUUUACAGAGUACCUUGAGCGUGCAGAAAAGUUAAAAGACCAUCUAAAUAGUAAGGAAGAAAAACGACAACGGAAGGCGGUUGGGGCUAAUGGUACAGAGAGAGGGGGCGGAAGUGGUAAAGAAAGUAAGAAGACUAAUAGUUCCAAUAGUGAUGACGAUGCAGUGGACGAUCCUGAUACCAAAAAAUUACGUGGAGCAUUAGCAAGUGCUAUUAUGAGCGAGAAACCAAAUAUUCGAUGGGAUGAUGUCGCUGGACUAGAAAUUGCCAAAGAAGCAUUAAAAGAAGCUGUAAUUUUGCCGAUAAAAUUUCCUCACUUGUUCACUGGCAAACGAAAACCUUGGUCAGGCAUCUUACUUUACGGACCACCCGGUACCGGUAAAACUUACCUUGCUAAAGCUGUCGCAACCGAGGCAAAUGCAACAUUUUUUUCGGUUUCCUCAUCAGAUUUAGUUUCUAAAUGGAUGGGCGAAAGUGAGCGACUAGUGAAAAAUCUUUUUUCAAUGGCACGUGAAAGUAAGCCCGCGAUUAUUUUUAUUGAUGAAAUCGACGCGCUUUGUGGUCAACGUGGUGAAGGUGAAAGUGAAGCAAGUAGAAGAAUUAAAACAGAGUUCUUGGUGCAAAUGAAUGGAGCGGCCAAUGAUUCCACCGGCGUUCUUGUAUUGGGUGCGACUAAUCUUCCGUGGCAGUUAGAUGCUGCAAUUCGGCGACGUUUUGAGAAAAGAAUAUAUAUUCCACUUCCAGAGACUUCCGCACGGGUACACAUGUUUGAGUUGAAUAUAGGAGAUACGCCUUGUGAGUUAAAACAUGAAGAUAUUAAGAAUCUGGCUGAGAAAUGCGAAGGAUAUUCUGGAUCUGAUAUUGCUGUUGUGGUACGUGAUGCACUGAUGCAACCGAUUCGUAAAGUGCAAACAGCUACUCAUUUCAAAUGGGUCGAAUCUGCUUCUCGAGAUGAUCGUUCCGUCAUCAAACCACAUUUAACACCAUGUUCACCAGGCGAUCCAGAGGCUAAGGAAAUGACUUGGAUGGAAGUCGAACCAGACCAACUUUUGGAACCGGUGGUUGGAAUGAACGAUUUCUCACGAGCCAUACAAGUGUCAAGGCCAACAGUCAAUGAAAAAGACAUUGAACAAUAUACAAAGUUCACCAAGGACUUUGGUCAAGAGGACGGAUGGACUGAAGAGGAUUGA